UAAAGUACCUUUCCACGCUAUGGCUGACAUUGUGGUUUUCUGCGUUUCCUACGCCUAACUCUUUCUCUGUAGACUUUAUGUGUCGCGUGUAUUGAAUCCCUGCUUCACAUAAAGCCUGGUAUCAAUCUUUAAUCGCAUAAUACUUCUAAUUGCGGCUUCCACGACUCAUCUUUCCUCAACUAGUCGGCAUAUAAUAAUUAUUAUUGUAUCCCCUCCUACAUAGUGCCGUGUUGGCUUUCAUCCCGCGUAGUAUAAUCGCGAUCAAAUGCAUCAGUACUCAACGAAGUAGUACCCGGUACCAAGAGUGCAUACCGCGACAUCGCGAGUGACCAUGGCCUUCUUCGUGGCGUUGAUCGCCACUUUCUUCGUGGGAUGGCUGUGCUAUCAGUGGUACACCAUGUGGACCAUCAAGAGAAAGCUGGCUUGGAUACCUGAGGUGCCGGGAGGUCUUCCUGUUUUAGGGAAUAUCCUGGAUGUGGGGAGCGGGAAAGACGUUUUGAAUGCAUUAACGAAAUACGUCACUAACGCAGGAGAAAUAUGCACCGUGCAACUGCUUUAUCAAAAAUACAUAAUUACAACUGAUUAUGAUUUCUUAGAAUUCGUCCUGUCUUCAACAAAAAUCCUAGACAAGGGGAACGAUUACAGAUUUUUUGAUGAUUGGUUAGGAUCAGGCUUACUGCUAGCGAAUGCUUCAAAAUGGCGUAGAGCAAGAAAAAUAAUAACUCCAAGCUUCCAUUUUUCCAUUCUGGAACAAUUCAUCGAUGUAUUCGAGAAGAAUGGGAAGAUUUUGAUGCACAAGUUAGAAGACAUGUGUGAUCAGGAAAUCAAUCUGCAACCGUACAUAACAAGUUGCACGUUAGACAUAAUAUGUGAAAGUGCCAUGGGGGUAUCAGUCCACGCCCAAGAAAACAUCGACUCUGAAUACGUAUUUGCUGUAAAAGAUAUGUGUCGAAUCCUUAUUGCAAGGAUGUUCUCGCCACUAGGAAGAAACAAUUGGACUUAUAAGCUGACCAGCAACUACUACAAAGAAAAGAAACACUUGAAUGUGCUUCAUUCUCGAACAAAGUCUGUCGUCCAAGCUAGGAGGAAAGAGGCCCUCGACCAAUCGAAGCAAGACACUGGAGAUGAAGAUAUCGACAGAAAGAAGAAGCUCGCUUUCUUAGAUUCAUUGCUAUUGGCUACUAUAGAUGGUAGGCCGUUGACUGAUGACGAGAUUAGGGAAGAAGUUGAUACUUUCAUGUUUGCGGGUCAUGACACGACUGCUUCAGCAAUAAGCUUCUGCAUAUACUUAUUGAUGCAAAAUCCUGAAGUACAGGCAAAAGCAUUCAAAGAACAGAAGACCAUAUUCGGUGGCACGAUACCAAAGACAGUGACACACAGGGAUUUGCAGGAAAUGAAAUACUUGGAGUGUGUUAUAAAGGAAACUUUAAGGAUAUACCCCUCCGUGCCAUUAAUAUCCAGGGUAACGGAUUCAGAUAUCGUCUAUAAAGAUGGGAAAACGAUUCCAAAAGGUACGACGAUGAUAUUAUUUACGUAUGGAGCACACAGAAAUCCAAAAUACUUCAAGGAUCCAGGAAAGUUUGAUCCCAGCCGAUUUGAAUCCAAUGAAAUUACCAAACCAUUUGCAUAUCUACCAUUUAGUGCUGGUCCAAGAAACUGUAUAGAUUUGCAAUAUUUGGGGCUGUCUAGGUCUUCAACUGUGGUCAAAGACGGCUUUUCUCGAUAUAAACAAACGCAUGCAGCUUUGAUGAAAAAAACAUCGAGGACGGCGGCGAUCUUCUGAGAACAUUCGUGGAGUAUCGAUAGAAUCUUGAAGAUGCUCAUGCCAAAUCGAUAACUAUAUUAUUGCUCUAGGAAUAUGUCAAUUUCGGUUUUUCAAAUGAGGACAAAAGUUUGCCUUACUCGAAAUGAAGUCAACGAUAUCCAGAAUACUGAGGCACUUCGAAAUUCUUGCACCACAUGAACUAAAAGAACCUAUUUUGGCCGCUGAAGUAGUCUUGACUUCAGUUAAUGGAAUCAAUGUUGUACUCAAAAAAAGAAAGUGGACAUAAAUCGAAGAUUUUGUAUUUUUUGUUUUGCUGUUAGUCGCUGUAACAGAAGCUGUGAUAUAGAUAGGCGUAACUGUGACACAUCAUCGUAAAAAGAAACAUUCUGUUACAACGAUUUUGUUGCAAGACCUUACUAAACAUACUGAAAACAUAACAUCGUUUAGAGAAAAAUCGCCAUACGAAAAUAUGGUGCAGGUUGUAUCCUCAAUAAUGCAAAAUCGUGUAGAGUCAAGCUGCAUUCUAGAUAUGGAUAUCUAGUAUUGUAGAGCAAAUUUUCUAUCCUUUUCUAUCCUGGCUGCUAAAGCUUAUUUUCUCGUUCUGAUGGGCGUUGGGUGGAUUCUUACCAAACAUUGUAGUCUAGAUGUAUAAAAUACGGCUAUACCUCAGUGUUUUCAAUGGCAAGGCGGAAACAGAAUCCCAUUAGUUAAGAAACAAAUUUAUUCAAAAUAAAUUAUGUUAUACUGAUUAGGUACAAAAUACAUGUUAUGUUUUCCUCCUAGCUGUUCGCAUCCAAGCCUGUGUAUAUGUAGUAAUUCCCCCUGGCACUGCAACCAAUAAAUAGGUAAACAAGAC